AUGCAAAUGGGUUGCCUGCGCUUUCAGGCACAGUACUCAGAUUACCUCGAUGUCUUUAGCCUCACUGGUGAACCUGUGCCGAGUUGGAAAAUUAACAAUUUGAUGUCAGCUGUCCACAGUGAUGAGGCUGAUGUGCUGUCCUGUGUUCUAUUUGAAGAACUGAUGCGGUGUGACAAAGAUUCCAUGCCAGACGGUUGUCUGUCAGAGGAGGAAAGACUGUUUCUCUCGUAUUUUCCUUUGCACAAAUUUGAGCUAGAACAGAACAUCAAAGAACUUAACAUCCUUGCGGACCAAGUUGACACCACUCACAAGUUGCCGACCAAGACCAGCCCGGUGGCCAGCUCUUCCGGGGCUGUUUCUGGGGUCAUGAGCAUCCUGGGUUUGGCCCUAGCACCUGUGACAGCAGGAGACAGUCUCGUGCUCUCAGCAGCUGCGACAGGGUUGGGGGCAGCAGCUGCCAUCACCAACAUAGUAACAAAUGUUUUAGAAAAUAGGAACGAUUCAGCAGCAAGAGACAAAGCCAGCCGACUGGGGCCUCUGACGACAUCACAUGAGGCUUUUGGAGAAAUAAAUUGGUCUGAAAUCGGGGCUACUGGCUUUUGUGUUGACAAGUGUGUAAAAGCCAUCAAGGGCAUCAGGGACCUUCGUGCCUACCAGAUGGCCAAAGCCAACUCUGGGUUCAUGACUAUGGUCAAGAAUUUUGUGGUCACAAGACACAGCCCUUUCUGGAGGGCUAGAGGGGUGCAGAGAGCCUUUGAGGGCACAACUCUGGCCAUGACCAAUGGUGCCCGGGUGAUGGGUGCUGCUGGGGCUGGCUUCUUACUCCUGCAGAGCUGGAAGUACCUGGAGGAUGGGGCAAGGACAGAGACAGGAGAACUGAGGACACUUGCUAAGAAGCUGGAGCAGGACCUGGACUGGCUCACUGAGCGCCACCGGCACCUGCUGCAGAAGGCAAGCCGGACCUGUUCCAGCUGCCGGGGAAGGGCUGUUCGAGGAUCCCGUGUGGUUAAACCAGAAGGGUCUCGCUCACCUCUCCCCUGGCCUGUCGUGGAGCACUAGCCUAGUCUGGGCCCUGGCGGGACACCGAGAAUACCAAAGAGGACAGUCUCUGCCCCAAGGACACUUGGCCACCAGCCAGCCCCACCAGCACCAGGCCCCGGGAAGACACCGACAGCGAGAAGAGUGGGUCACCCUGUCACCAUUGAACCUUCAUUUAACAGAGGCAAAAUGCAAGUCUUUGAUGAAGAAUAAGGGGGUGGGGAAGCUUCUAGUGGCAAUGAUAAAACCAGCAGCAAUGAUAAUAGAAGACAAACCUGCAAUGGUUUGUGGUCACCCUUGGGGACUCCAGAAAUAGCUGGGGUGGAAGACACAUUUGCAAGAGACCAGGUUUUUUGUGGGUACAGAUGGAAUUGGAGGCCGAGAAGACCUACAUGUUCAUGUUAAUUAAAACUGGAGCUGGAACACAUUCCAAAUUCAUGUAUUUUCCAAAUUGUAUGUAACUACAUAGUACCUUCAUAAUGAAAAUGAAAAAAUUUUUAAACUAUCACCUGCCCCUCCUCCCCCUCUUCCCUCCUGUCAUCUGUCAUGACUCUGCAGUCAGCACCUUUGCGUGGAGACUGUUGCUCAAGCUAAGAUCCAUUCUCCAUUCCCAGGGUCUUGCAAUGACAAGUUAAUGAUUUGAGAAAAGCUGUUAUUGGGAGAAAAUCAUCCCUUUACUGUAGCAUAAUUUAUAAUCAUGAAAAAUGUGAAGCCAUUAAAAUGUUCCAAUGCUAGGGAACUGGUUACAUACAAAAUAUUCAUCCACUUGAUAAAACACUAGGUAGCUGUCAGAAAUGAUGCUCCCUCAAUGACUGGGUUCACGGGGAAAGUGCUGCUUGUAUUAUUAGGUGGAAAAGAGCAGGGACUUUCUUACCUUUUACCUAAGGAAAGCACAUCUCGCAAACUUGUGCAUAGGAAAACAAAACCCUUCAAAGGAGUACAGCAAGGUCACAGUGUGGCUGUUCAGGGGUAAAUUUGGUGAUGUGUUCCCCUCUUCUUCCUGCCUUUCUGUGUUUUUCAAGUUUUCAGUUAUGUACAUUACUGUUUUAUAAAAUAGAAGGAAUAUAGAUAAUAAAUAUUUACAGCAAAUCUAAAAUAAAAUGUUUAA